AUGCCAAGGUAUGUUUUAUUUCUUAUUCUUUUCUAUAUAUCUCCAACUUUCAUAAAUAUGAUAAAUAAAAAUUCUGGAAAAAUAAGAAGUUAUUUUAUGAAAAUAUUUUAUAUUUCAUCAAUUGAAAAACAAAAUGCUACGAGUUAUAGUAGUUUUAAGAAUGUAACACCAAUUAAAAAAAAAAAAAAACAAUUCAUUUUAUUAAAAAAAAAAAAUGAUAAUUUGUCCAUUAACAUUUGUAGAUUACAGAAAAAAAAAAAAAAUAAAAAAAUAGAAGAAAAUUUAUAUAUGAUUAAUCCCAAUAAUAAUUAUCAAAAUGAUAUAAAUAAUAAUAAAGAUGAGAUAAGUAAUAGCAAUAAUAAUAUAAUUAAAAACAAUGAAAGUUCAGAUCUAAAAUGUGAAUAUUUUUACUCCAAUUUUCCUGGUCAUUAUGAUAAUGGAAGUAAUUUUUAUAACAAAAUAAAAAAAAAAAAAAAAAAAAGAAAAAUCAAUUGUAACUUAAAGAAAAGUAAUGAAGAUACUGAAAAUUUAAUAAUUAAUGAGGAAAAAAAUGAAAAUAAUAAUGAAAAACAAAAUAAAAUAAUGGAAGAAAAUAUUUAUGAAAAUUAUAAUGAAAUAAAUGACAAUGAUAAUAAAAUAGAUAAAAACAGUGAUGAUCUUCACGGAAAUGAACCAAAUUAUAAUGAUAUAAUUGAAGAAAAUGAUAAUGAAACAGAAAAGGAAAAUCUAGUUAAUAUAGUAAACAAAUAUUUGAAAGAUGAGAAAUUGUUAAGAGAUGAUAAAAAAUUAAAAAAUAUAGAUAAAGACAAAAUGUUAGAAGAAUAUAAUAGAUUAGUACAAUUAUUGAAAGAUAGUAGAGAACAAAAAUUAAAUCAAUUAAAAAAAAAUGAAAAAAAAGAUAUAUAUGAGUUAAAUGAAAGAGUUGUAAAUAGUUCAAGUAAAUUAAAUCUUGAAAAACUUAAAAAGGAAAUAGAAAAGAAUUUUACUCCGAAUGAUGCUAUGGAAAGGAAGAUUCAAGAUUACAUUCAUUUAUUUACGCAAGAUGUUGAUAAUAAAUAUAUUAGCAGUAAUGUAAAUUCUGAAAAUGUAAAUUCUGAAAAUGUAAAUUCUGAAAAUGUGAAUUCUGAAAAUGUAAAUUCUGAAAAUGUAAAUUCUGAAAAUGUGAAUUCUGAAAAUGUGAAUUCUGAAAAUGUGAAUUCUGAAAAUGUGAAUUCUGAAAAUGUAAAUUCUCCAUAUAGUAAUAAUGAUAAAAAUAUAGAAAAAAAUGAAUAUGAAAAUGAGGAAAAAACAGAAUUUUUAAGUGAAGAUGAAGAAGAAUUAAAUAAAAAAAUAUUGAGAAAUGUAUGCAAAGGUGAUUACACCAAUGUUGAUAAGUUUAAUUAUAAGCUUUCAAAGAAAGAUUUUGAAAUGAUGAAAAAUAUGGAUGAUGAGAAGGAAGUAAACGAUGAAGAAAAAAAAUUAAUAGAUGAAGUUUUCAAUAAAAUACAGGAGGAUAAAUCUCUUUUUAACAGAAUAAAUGAAAAAGAGAGAGAAAUAUUAAAAUUAUAUGAAAAGCAAAAAAAGGAAAAUAAGAUAAAGAGAUGCGAAGAUCUCGAAAAUAUAAUAUAUUACAAUAAAAAAAUAGAAGAAGUAAAUAAAGAUUUCAAAAAUAAUAAUAAAAAUGAAAAUGAAUUUAUAAAUAAAAACAUAUUCUUUAAUAAUAAUGAUAAUUUUGUUGAAAUUAAAGAAGAAGAUAUAAAAGAAAUGAGUGAAUCACAAAUAAAAGAUGAAUUAAGAAAAAGAGGAUAUCCAAUUUUUGGCUCAUUAGAAGUUAUUAGAAAUAGAUUAAGGGAUGUUAUGAAAAUUAAAGAAACUCAUAAAAUGGAUAUAAGAGAAAUUAUAAAAAAUCCAGAUAAAAAUUUAUUGUCCCAUAUUAAAUUAGAAAAAUUAAAGGAAACUAUAAAAGAAUAUAAAGAAAGAGAUGAAUAUGGUGACAUAGAUUCUAAAAUAAAACAGGUGGAUUCAGCAAUUGAAAUUUCGAAAUUUUUAGAAGAUCCUGUACAUUAUUUACGUAUAGAUACUUCUAAGAAAUUUAUUAAGCAGUAUGAAAAUAAUACACAAGAAAAUAUAUAUAACGAACCAAUAGUAAAUGAUUAUUCUUUUGAUGAACAAAUUUCAAUGGCUGAUAAAUUAAAGAAAACUUUUGAUUUUCAAAAUGGAGAAAACUUACCUGAUAAAAUAAAACGUUAUGGAGAUGAAAAUAACGAAAUUGAUGAACUAACUGAAGAAAAACAAGAAAUGUAUAGAAAAGAGGUAUUAAAAUAUGGGGGAUUACAAGAAACAAUUUAUGAAUUUCAUUAUAAGCACAAUCUAUCCUUAGAUUUUAUUGGAGAUUUUAUUUGUAAAUUUUCUGAUACACAUAUACAGGAGAUUAAUAAAUAUAGAUACAUAACAAAAGAAGAAAUGGAAAAUUUAGAAAUGAAUCAAUUUGAAAAUCUUACAUCAAAUCAUACAAUAAAUAAUAAUAUUAUUGUUCAUAAAUUUGUUGAUACAAAUGAUUUAAUCAAAAACUAUUUAUCUACUAAAAAUAUAGUUACACUUAUUGAAUAUUCAAAUAUAGCUGAUCCCGUUGAUAUUAUUCAUUAUUAUUCUCCUGAAACUUUAUUUAUGAUUAGUGAAGAAUAUAAUAUUACUAUUAAUCAUGUAAUUGAUGCUUGUACAAAAUUAAAUAUAAAGUUACCAUAUGGAGGUGAUACUCAUUUAAAUAUGAAUUGUUUUAAUUUAUUGACUUGUUAUUUAAGUAAAUAUGAAAAACGUAAAAAGUAG